UUCGUUUUGGAAUCGCCUCACCGGAAUAAACACUGUAAAAUUUUCCGAAAAUUGUGUUGGUUCUUCUCAGUUUAGUUGCCGAUAGUGUCUGCAGCCAUGGUUUACAUUCAUUUUCCAUCCAAUCUAACCGAGGAGGAGUUAAUGCUGCAGGCAAAGUACGCCAUGUUGCGCAAAAAGAAAAAAGCACUGCAGGCACUUAAAGCACCCAAGCCUGAACCGGAGAAACCACUGCUGCCUAAGCGGCCAGCAGAUGCGCGAGAUGCUCGAGAAGUGGCCCGCAAGCUGCUGAAAAGUGGUGCCAUCCAGGCAAUCCAGAAACCACAGCCCAAGCAGGACAGUUCCUUCAAGCGGCCAAAGAGACAGGAGCGGAAGGAGGACAGGAGCCAGUCGGAGCUGAGCCCCACAACUACCCAGUAUCAGUCGUUUGGGACCGCAUCCGCGGAGUACGAGUCGGGACCAUCCUCACACAGUCCAACGGCCGGUACAUCGUCGUUCAGCAGCGCUGAGAGGCCGACCAGCCCGGUGGACAAGGAACCGAUUCGAGUUCAAAACCUGUAUCAACAGUUCACCACCGAACGGGAGAAGGAAGACCAAUCAGAAAGGCUUAAAACACCUGAUGGCGCGAAAGAGCGGCCUCGCUCCGGAAACACAGUUUACGUGUCCGGCAACAAGGUGACCGAGGACUUUUUAAAGAAGCACUUUGGCGAGUAUGGCGAUAUCCUGAACAUAUCGAUGGAGAUUGAGAAGGGACGUGGGUUCAUUACGUUCUCCAGCACGGAGUCGGCAGACAAGGCCAUCAACGAGUUGCACUCGAAAACCGUGGGAGGCAUUCUGUUGCAGGUGCAACUGGCCCGUCGCCAGCCGCAGAUCAGCCCGAUCAACGAGGCUGGCUCAUCGGCCGUGUGGUCUGCGUUGGCUACAAACCGCUCACAGAAGGGCAAACAUAAAGAUAACCGCGAACUGGUUUGUUACGAUCAUGAGGAUGUAUUUUAGGUAUUAUGUUGGGUAUUUUACUGGGCAAUGUUAUAUUACGGAUGUGAGAUUUUUUAUGUCGAAUAAAAUGAGAAGGACCGUUUUAUCAGCCGAAUGUUUUCUUAAGU